AUGGCUGACGCAGCUGAGUGUAGCGAAAAGACCAUCAAAAAUACUCGCAGAAACCUGCGACUGUUUGGACAAGUUUAUGCCCCCUCAACUCGUAUCGGUCGAAGACGAAGCAUAACACCACCCAUGUUAGAAGCGCUCUGUGACCAUCUGCUGGAAAAACCAGGCUUGUACCUCGAAGAGAUGGUUAUCUUUCUAUGUGAUGAAUUCCAGAUGCUAGCGUCAACCUCUAGCAUUAGGAGGGCUCUCGUAUCUAAAGGGUGGUCUAAAAAGACUGCUCGGCAUAGUGCGAAAGAGCAGAACGCCGAGCUACGAGAAAUAUAUCUUCACAACCUCUCUGACUUUGAGUCGUACCAUCUUGUUUAUGUUGAUGAAUCUGGAUGCGAUAAGCGCAUUGGGUUCCGACGAACAGGUUGGUCACCACUCGGUGUAGCACCUCGGCAAGUGUCUCAGUUCCACCGUGACGAGCGCUAUCAAAUUUUGCCUGCGUAUGCCCAAGAUGGUAUUUUGAUGAGUCGAGUCUUUCGCGGCUCGACGGAUGCCGCUGUGUUUGAAGACUUCGUUGAUGAGCUCCUUCGUCAUUGCGGGAGAUGGCCAGAGCCGAAAUCUGUUCUGGUCAUGGAUAAUGCAUCGUUUCACCACUCUGAGCGGAUUUCGCAGAUGUGUGCUAAUGCGGGAGUCAAACUGGUGUAUUUGCCUCCGUACUCGCCAGACCUAAACCCGAUUGAAGAGUUUUUUGCUGAACUCAAAGGCUUUAUACGACGCAAUUGGUGCUACUACGCAGAAGAUCCAGACCGAGAAUUCGCCUCAUUUCUCGAACGGUGUAUCAAUCAGGUUGGGGCAAAGAAAAACAGUGCUAGGGGCCAUUUUCGGCACGCAGACCUUAGUGUUGAGAAUUUAGAUGAUUGA